CCGCCUCCUCCCUCCUCGUUCCCGAACGUACACGCCGGACAGAGACACGCACCGCACGGCGGCUAGCCGUGAGAGUCCGCGGUUUUGGUCGCGAGCUGAGGGCUUCCGAUGACAACCUCGUCGUCCGGGAGCAUCGAGACGUCGGCCAAUUCCCGGCCGGGGCCUUACUCUUUCGCCGGCACGAGCUUCACGGACCUCCUCGGUGGCAACGCGGUGGCCGGCGGCGGGGCGUCAAGGUACAAGGCCAUGACUCCGCCUUCGCUGCCGCUCUCGCCGCCGCCGGUGUCGCCGUCGUCCUUCUUCAACAGCCCGAUCGGCAUGAACCAGGCUGACUUCCUCGGCUCGCCGGUGCUCCUGACCUCCAGUAUCUUCCCGUCGCCGACAACGGGCGCAUUCGCGUCGCAGCACUUCGACUGGAGGCCGGAGGUGGCGGCGCAGAGCGCCGAUCAAGGCGGCAAGCACGAGCAGAGGACUUCCUAUUCCGACUUCUCGUUCCAGACGGCGCCGGCAAGCGAAGAGGCCGCGCGAACGACGACUUUUCAGCCACCGGUCCCACCGGCCCCACUGGGGAAUGAGGCAUACAGAGGUCAUCAGCAGCAGCAGCCAUGGGGCUACCAGCAGCAGCCUGCAGGCAUGGACGCGGGAGCCAACACGGCGAGCUUCGGCGCGGCGCCGUUCCAGACGACCUCGUCGGAGAUGGCGCCACAGGUGCAGGGCGGCGGCGGGUACAGCCAACCGCAGUCGCAGAGGCGGUCAUCGGACGACGGCUACAACUGGCGCAAGUACGGGCAGAAGCAGGUGAAGGGGAGCGAGAACCCACGCAGCUACUACAAGUGCACCUACCCGAACUGCCCAACCAAGAAGAAGGUGGAGAGGUCGCUCGACGGCCAGAUCACCGAGAUCGUGUACAAGGGCACGCACAACCACCCCAAGCCACAGAACACCCGGAGGAGCUCCGGCUCGGCGGCGGCGCAGGUCCUGCAGAGUGGCGGCGACAUGUCCGAGCAUUCCUUCGGGGGCAUGUCCGGCACGGCCGCGACACCAGAGAACUCGUCGGCGUCGUUCGGCGACGACGAGAUCGGCGUGGGCUCCCCGCGGGCUGGGAAUAAUGCCGGGGGCGACGAGUUCGACGACGACGAGCCGGACUCCAAGAGAUGGAGGAAAGACGGUGACGGCGAGGGGAUCUCCAUGGCUGGCAACCGGACGGUGCGGGAACCAAGGGUCGUCGUCCAAACGAUGAGCGACAUCGACAUCCUCGACGACGGCUACCGCUGGAGAAAGUACGGCCAGAAGGUGGUGAAGGGCAACCCGAACCCAAGGAGCUACUACAAGUGCACCACGGCCGGUUGCCCCGUGCGGAAGCACGUGGAGCGCGCGUCCCACGACCUGCGCGCCGUGAUCACCACCUACGAGGGCAAGCACAACCACGACGUGCCCGCCGCGCGGGGGAGCGCCGCGCUCUACCGCCCCGCGCCGCCGGUUGCCGCCGCCAGCCACCAGUACCUGCCGAACCAGCCGACCGUGUCCUACCAGUCCGGCGCCGCCGGGCCGCAGUCCUACGCUCUCAGGCCCGACGGGUUCGGCGCACAGGGCGGCUCGUUCGUCCUCGGUGGCGGCGCGGCGCCGUUGCAGGACGGCGGGAGCAGCUUCGGAGGCUUCUCCGGGUUCGACGACGCCAGGGGCUCGUACAUGAGCCAGCACCACCAGCAGCAGAGGCAGCACGACGCGAUGCACGCCUCGAGAGCCAAGGAGGAGCCCGGAGAUGACAUGUUCUUCCAGAACUCGCUCUACUGAUCGCUGAAAGAAUCGUCGUAGGAAAUCUCAAAUGACACGUCGGAACUGUAAUUUUAGGAUAUACUGUAGUCUUGAUACAUUUGUUUAUUUGUUUGGAGGGCCCAGGAAUGCAGAUGGCUGCAGAAAAGGGUACCGUCCCUUAACACAUGGAGAUGGAGGAAAGGAUGUACUCCUGUAGGAUACGCAGCAAAUUUUGCUCUGUAUUUUUUCCACAUAGAAAUAUGUUGUAUAAAUACAUACAAAUUCGAUUUUUUACAUCUUCCAAUAUUCAUGUUCUCCAUACUGGGUGAAAAUCUGUAUAUGUCUUUACACUUUA